UUGAAAACCGCCAGUAAAACCAACGAAGAGUAUUUUUCUGUAAUAAAAAUGGCUUCACCUGCUGGCUGUGAACAUUAUGUGCGUAGCUGUUUAUUGAAAGCACCUUGCUGUGGUAAACUGUAUGUAUGCAGGCUGUGCCAUGAUGCAGAGGAGAACCACCAAAUGGACCGGUUCAAAGUCAGAGAGGUGCAAUGCAAUGAGUGUCACACAGUUCAACAGGCACAGCAGACCUGCCAGCAAUGCAAUGUACAGUUUGGAGAGUAUUACUGUGAUAUUUGCCACUUGUUUGAUAAAGAUAAGAAGCAGUACCACUGUCAACCAUGUGGGAUAUGCAGGAUCGGACCCAGGGAAAAGUAUUUUCACUGUGAGAAGUGCAAUUUGUGUUUAGCCCAGGACCUGCGAGGAAACCACAAGUGUGUUGAAAAUGUUUCAAGGCAGAACUGUCCAGUGUGCAUGGAGGAUAUCCAUACUUCCAGAAUUGGAGCCCAUGUUCUUCCAUGUGGUCACCUUCUACAUAAGACUUGUUUUGAUGACAUGAUCAGAACAGGUGCGUAUCGCUGCCCUUUGUGUAUGCAUUCUGCCUGGAACAUGCAGGACCAGUGGGAACAGAUAGACCAGGAGAUUGCCCAAUCACCGAUGCCUACUGAAUAUCGUGGUGCAACUGUCAGAAUUAUAUGUAAUGACUGCCAAGCCCAUUGUACGGUGCCAUUCCAUGUGUUGGGGAUGAAAUGCGGUGGCUGUGGCUCAUAUAACACAGCGCAGGAUGGAGGACUCAUCCAGCAGAAUCCACCACAGCAGACUGAGGUGGACGCUGAGACUGAAGCAGAGACGGACAUGGAACCAGAGCCGCAAGACCCACCUGAGUCCCCCACGUCACAUUAGCACCGUCCAGCAACCGUGCAGGGUUGUUGAGGCAUUUGGCUGGUCGACUUACUUGUAGUAAAUUGCAUUAAGUGUAACUGUAGAUCUGGAUUUCUAGAUUACACUGCUAAUAUGUGCAUUUACAUUUUAGAAUGUUGAGGGAAGUACAUAUAAACUCAGCCCAGACAGCUUCCAGAUGGUAGCGUGAUUCAAUCUGAGGUCUGAACUGUGAAGUGACAGUGUAACCACAGAGAAACACUGUGUAAAACAAGAGGAUGUUAAAAUAUUUAAAGUGAAGAAGUGGUGGUGCUUUGAGGUUACGGUAUUAGACCAGCUGUGGUUGGUUUUCGUUCCAGCGGUAUAUGUAUCAUACGUCACAUUUAAGAAGUACUUCCACAAACACACAACAAGAUACUUUUUUGUGUCUUUUUUUUGUCAUAUGCCAAUUAUACAGUAAAAUGUAACUCCAUACCACUCCAGAGAACCCAGAAUGUCAGACCCAAACAAAUACUAGAAACUAAACUUGGUCAGUUGUCAAAAGUUAAAUUCGUGCAACAUGGACUGUGCAUUGAAAUAUAAGGGCUUAUACAGGUUGUAAUGUCUGAGUCUGUGUUUAAAAGUUGUGUUUAAAAGCUUAUGUGGACUAUUUUUGGUACAUUUACAAUCCAAAUAUGUUUGUCUCACCAGUGGGUAUUUUUCUGAAUAUGUCAGUCUGUGGGUCGCGAUCUUUAUAAUGAUCUGUUAAAUGCUAAUAUGAUAAGAAAUUAAAUUAACAUUAUGUAAUGUUUUAUAUCUUUUUUUUGUUUUGAUGUGAGGCACAGUGAAUACGAAUUACAUGUUGCCUUUGAAUUACAAGCAAAAAGUAGCAGAAAACAUGAUUGUUCUUUUAUUUUCCUUAAAUCGAGUCAAACUUCAGAAUCUGAUACAACAGUUCCAAAUGUUAACACCAGUAAUGUUUGUAAUGCAGUCGUAACAACGCAUCAAUUCACUUUGCAUUAUGAUGUACCUGCUCAAUGUUUCUGUUUCAUACAGUCAUAAUGCCACACAGGUACAAAAUACAGAAAUUUCUGUGUAGCUGACAGUGCUAACAAUAGGUAAUAAGAAUAAGUCCCCCAGUAAUGCCUCUUGAAAAGGAAAGUAAACAACUGUUUUGUGGUUGUAGCCAUCACAAUAGAAGAAUCCAGUUUAGACUUUAAAUACAGCCCACCGCUCCUUUUUACAUUUUGUCGCACAUCAUAUUUUGACUGACAGGAAAGCAGCGGCCUUACUCUGCAAAAAUUAAUUCCUUCUGUGUUCUUGUCUGUCACCUGUACUUGUACUACAUAUUUCUUUGUUGUGGUUCCUUUUUUUUUUUUUUUUUCAUCUCAAGACCCAAAAGGGACAAGUGGUGUCUCCUCGGGACUCAAACUUCAAAAAAUUAAUCACGAACUGCUAAACAGUCUUUUUUUAAAAAUUUUAUUUUUUACUGAAAAUGAAGUAAUAUAUAGCAUUGUUUGGCGUACUCCAAAAUAAAAUAUAUGAAGAAUGAAUAAGAUUAAUGUUGAAGUUAUUGAAUUCAUUUAGAUAUUCAAAAUGAACAAAUGAUCAUUGUCAAAAUGGACAAAAUCAAAAAACAAAAUCAAGAAAAGUAACAACACUAAACAAAAUUAAUAAAAUGCACAAAAUAUUUUUUUAAAAAUGAAAAGAAAUGUUAAACAAAAUGUUAAAAUGGACAAAAAUGAACAAAAAAGUCUAAAUUGUUUUGUCUGUGUAUAGGACACCAAUUCACAAAACUGGUAAGUUCAUUCAGUAAAUUAUGAAACUGUUGACAUGAAUUAAAUUAAUGAAUGAAAUGUUUGUUUCGAACAUGCAGAACAAUACAAUAAAUACAUACAUUUAUAAUUUUUCUGGAAUGCUACACAGGUACAAAAUACAGAAAUUUCUGUUAAGCUGCAACAAACGUUGGUAAUUCUAAGAUUUUUACCCCGAUAUCUGCUGUUUGGUUAAAUUUACACUGAUAGUAAAAAAGAUUAAAUAACUUACUAAACAUUG